AUGGCGGACGGCAAGCGCCCUGCUGGCGACAUUCUAGAAGAGGAUCUCACUCCAUGCCAGCGCCUCCGCAUCCAAGGGAACGUCACUCGGGCCGGCAUCCAAAACUUGCUGGUGAGUCGGCGGAAAGGCAAGGGGUGGCGCGGACGACCCACGCCCGGCGGUCGAGGUGGUGGCUGGGUGCUCAGCGCCGUCGGCGCCGACUUCUCCGGUUUCGGAGGAGGAGGUGCUGGGGGGGUGGUGAAGGUGUUGGAGGCUUCGGAGGAGAGCUGUGUUCCAAUGGAGAGAGGGAGGAAGAAGGGGGUGCAGGAUUUGGAGAGACUGUUGGGAGGUCUGAAGCUAUCUGAGGAGGAGCGGAGGGCCGUCAAGGGUGAUCGGCAGACGGCGUUGAGUGAGGCGGGUCGACUUCCUCAGGCGGUAGGCAAGCUUUUCGCCUCAAAGUCAGGGUAUGCGAACGGUUUAGUGCAAACAUUGGGGAGAAUUUGGUGCCCCAGGGAGGGGAUUCGGUGCAAGGAGCUUGGCAACAACUUGUUCCUCUUCACCUUUCUGCAGCCGGAAGGGAAGCGUAGAGCGAUCACGGAGGGGCCGUGGGAGUUUGGAGGUGACUUACUGAUAGUGGUGGAUUUUGAUGACUCCAAAAGGUUGAAGGACCUGGAGUUUAUCUCUGUUCUGUUAUGGAUCAGGGCUUUUGAUCUACCAUUGGGUUUGAUGAAUGAGGAGACGGCGUGGCGGAUUGGAAACAAAGUGGGUCGGUUCCUGGAGGUGGAUAUGGAUGAGGAUGGUAUGGCUGUGGGAGAGUUCCUUCGAAUCAAAUUGUUGUUGGUCCGUAAACCUCUAUUUAGGGGAAUUACUUUGGAGGAUGAAAAACGGAUUCCAUUGCACCUUCUGCAAGACCAGAAUUAG